ACUCGUAACGGAAAUUAUAAAUUCUUUCACGGCGCAUGACAAACAUGUGCUGUGCAUGAAAAUCACAUUUGAAUUCGCCGAAUCAGCGCUUCCGUAAAUUCGCAACAAUUCGUCCGUGAUUUGAUUGUUUCAUUGGAGUUAUACACUUUUACCUAUACACAGCGGUCUCUGCUCUUUUUCCUUAAAAACAUAUUCUUUAAUUUUCAAUUCUGAAAAAUACAAAACAUUCCGAAAAAAAAAUAAUUCCUUUAAACAAUAAAAAUAAACGUAAUAACUAAAAUAAGGAACUAUCUUAAAGGGACAGAUGUAUCUUAUCGCGGUGUAAAAGUGAGAAAUUCUUGUUCUUGAUAAAUUCAUUCAUGUGCAUAAAGUCGGCAAUAAAUAUACCUACCUUCAAAAUAUCAUAUAUACAUAUAUAUAGAUAGAGGCUCUCCCCUGCUCUCCAUCUCCAUCAGUUUCUAAUCAAAUUUUAUACCUUGACAGGACUUUUUUCGUGGGAGCUCCUAGCUAACAAUUUUCUCUCUCUCACACAGCUGAGUCAGUUGAGCUAAGGAUACAAGAGCGUACGGUACGGAUCGCGGCCGAUUUCAAUGAAGUUUUAGCAGGAUUCACACAUUAUUUUUCUCCCUGUACCUACAUAUUUAUAUGAUCCAACAGGAAAAAAGAAAAAUAUCCUUACCGGUGCGAUUAAACAUUAAUUAUGAAAAAAAAACCUGAAAGUGUUCAAAUGAAGUGAAUGUGAAAAGAGAAAGUUUAUUUUGACCUAAAAAAAGGAGUAUACAAAUUUUAUAAAAAAAUAAAUAAAAAAAAACCCUACCGAAAGGAGUACCUAUAGGAAAACUAGUCUAUAUGGCACACACCCCAUCAUCGCCAUCAGCAAUAAGAAUCAAUCAUAAGCCAGUCAGUCAACGUAGUACAUGAUGUACUUAAGGAAAUUAAUUUAAGCCCUCAUCAAUUGGAUACAAAUUUAAAGGAUUUAUUUUAUACUACUCCAAGGAUACAUCUCACUCGUUGUUUGCAGAUUGAAAUUGUGUCAUCAUAUUUAAAGUUAGAUGUUUCCUGAAACUUUAAAGAUAAAUCUCCAGCCGAAGCAAAAGACUGGGCACAACCGGUGAUAUGGACGAAAGUUGUUCCACCACCGAUCACCACCAAAGUACGGGUAACUAUCGACCACAUUGUCGUCGAAAAAGCAAUCACCACCAACAUCACCAACACCACCACCCACCCACCUCAAAAAUAUCGGAAUUGCUGUCCUUUCAACUAUGCUGCAAUAUCGACAAGACGACGAAGAACCUAACGACGACGACCACGCCAACGCAAACGAUAAGGACGAAGAGGACGACGACGGUUGCAAAAGCAGCGGGCCGUUAUAACAUUGGCCCCCAGAGCACAACUCCCAUCCAUGAUGCACGUCCAAGAGGAACGAAGCCACUAUUAUUAUGCACCCCCAUGCCCAUCGCCACAACUUCGAUAGCUUUGACGUUUCUUGUUAUAUUUCUCCUCCUCACUGACCUGACUACAACGACUGCAGCAGCCAAAUUAAAAGCAUUAACAACAACAGAACCUCCACUAGAGUUAGACAUAAACAAUGGAGUAUUUUUCGAAUACUACCGACAACAGCAACAGCAAUUCCAUGACCAGGACCAGCCUCUACACCAUCGCCACCGACAGAGGGACAUUCCGGAAACUGAUGACACAGCACGAGCAACAUCGACGUCCUCCUUGGCAGCUGCCACUGCAACAGCGACGAGUCUGGCUACUUCGAACACGACGACGACGACGACAGCAGCGCCAGCCAAAUGUGAGCCCAAGGUUCUCGAGGAGAUUCCGCCCGAUCCAUUUUAUGAUGUCACCGACAUUGUUGAAGAUGCUGCCCGAGAAUUUAGUGAAUUCUUAUCGCUGAAAUUCCCAGCCAGUUCGGAACAGAACAUAAACGACCAGUUGAAAGAUGAGGUGCGAAGACGUGCUAGUAGCUUGGCAACUGAUGCCCUCCAACAGGAUGAAAACCUACUGGCAUUUGCCAUAGCUGCCCCAAAUAUUCAUACGGUUGUGGUGAAAUUUCGCGAUAAUGUUACGAUACCACCGCAAGAAGUUCACAAUAAGUCAUUUCUGGGGAACUAUUGGCGUGAACUAGGAAUGGCUUGGAAUAGCACAGAUGGCUCCCAAGAAUGGAGUGCACCGUUUAAGGAUUGUAAUUUACUCAAAGGACGAUGGCUUUGGCCAUUUAGGAUAUCAUUUACAGAGUCAAGAAUCAAAAUUGUGGCAGCUGCGUUUAUUGCCGCCGAUGUGGACCUUUGUAAUGAUGCUCUGGAGGAGAUUUUUGGCCGCCGUCAUGGCUGUGACCGCAACACAACCUUCUGUUUGCUGACUGAAGAGAAGCCAUCGACGACACGUGAUGGCUACACUUGCAUAUGCAAGGAUUCCUACUAUCUUCCCAAUUCCACCCUGCAAGGUUUCCCAGCUGAAAAGGUGGAAAACUCAGACUACGACAAUUUAUCGUGCAUCCCUUGCCCUGGUGGCUGCACCGCAUGCGACCAAAAUGGUGUUUGCUUGUUGGGGGAGCCUCAAGAGACAAUAUCUAUGGAAAAUCUGUUGCGCAUUACUGUGGGAUCCAUGUUGGGCUCAUGCAUCCUCUGCUGUCUCGUGUUGGCAGUUGCAGUUUUCCAGCACAGGAAAUGCAAGGCUAUUGCGUCAGGAAUGUGGACCGUGUUGGAAACCAUACUUCUGGGAAUCAUUCUGCUCUAUGCAUCGGUUGCACUACACUUCUUUCAAGCAUCAACGGAACGAUGUCUUCUGGAGCCCUGGUUACGUGAAUUGGGUUUCAUUACAUGUUACGGUGCAAUAAUACUAAAGCUUUAUAGACAUUUGGUAGAUUUUCGAACUCGAAAAGCCCACAGAUGGGUUUUGCGAGAUGUUGAUUUAUUGAAAUAUCUUGGAACAAUGGUAUUUGCGGUGACUUGUUAUAUGGCUGCAUUUACAGCCUCAUCUCUAGACCUAAUUGAAACAGCUCAUCUAGAUGGAUUGCGUGAGAUUCGAACAAAUACAUGUCAUCCUCUCAAAUGGGAAUAUGUAACGCAAAUAAGUGAAAUUUUAAUAUUAUGUUUUGGAUUAAAUUUAGCGGUGGCUAGUCGAAAUGCAAAUACGCAAUUUAGGGAAAGGCAGUUUCUCGUUGCUUCAUUACUAUUAGAGUUUACAGUAUCGUCUACUUUUUAUAUUGCACGGGUAAUUUAUCUACCCGAACUAAGUCCUGGAGCAAUACUCUUAGCGCUCUUCCUGCGGUCCCAGCUUACGAAUACAAUCACUCUAGGACUGGUUUUUGUGCCAAAAAUAUGGUAUCAGCAUAAACAGGUACGUUCCCUUGCCCAUGAUCUAUCAUUACGCUUACCUGUGGAUGCUUUCAAGGGUUCCCAUGAUACUGGACAUCACCUGGGUGGUGGUUAUGCCGGUCUUUGCCUGGGCGACCCAGACAUCGGAGAGCUAACUAUAUCCGAAAUGAGCCCCGAAGAUAUCCGAGCUGAACUUAAAAGACUGUAUACACAACUUGAGAUCCUAAAAAAUAAAACUCUGCGGCAGGACAAUCCGCAUAUAAGUAAAAGACGCGGUGGACGAAAAGCUGGACACCGACGAUUUUCAUUACAGAAAAAAGGAAGUAAGGAUAAGGCGCUAAGUGCAAAACAUCGCAGCAACAAACAUCAUCAAGACGUCGAAAUCACCGAAGCUGAGGCAUCCCGUACACCUGAGGAUUCUGUUUGCAGUGCCGAAGGACCCACUGACACCUAUGCUGAAAUUUCUGGAUUAUCACAUUCGAUGCUGUCGCACUCAAUGGUCUCACAUUCAACAAAAUGAGACAAAUCUAUUGUGUCGCGUGUCGUGUGUCGUAUCGUAUUAUUGAGGAAUUGAUUUUACAUAAAACCUCUAUAAAUAAGUUCCACCUAUAGUUCAGAAUAAGUUUCAAAAUUAAAAAAUUAACUAAGCUUUUCCUUGAUUUUGUAAACUUUUUCAAAAAAAAAGAAAAAAACAAAUAAUUCUCCAAGAUUAUUAUUAUUAUAUAUAUAUACAUAAAUUAUAUACCUUUACUUUUACUAUUACUUUUAAGUGAGGACAAAAUAAAUACAACUUUUAUUUAAAUGUUAUUAAACAUCUAAUGCAUGUGUACUUAACAUUUAGACAUUUAAAACAAAAAGAAAACAUUACUUCUUACAAACAUAUUAAAUUUAUCAUAAUCAACGCUAUUACUUAGACAAGAAAUACAAAAUCAUAAUGAAAAUGAAUGAAAUAAAAUUAUUAGUGUAUUACAAAAUAUAUUAAUAAAAUGAUUGCUAAGCAAACCAACUUUUAAAAAACAAAAAAAGAAACCUAUUGAAAAUGUAUAUUUAAAAAAAAACUCUAAUGAAUUAAACAAAUGUGUAAAAAAAUUCCAGAAACUUUUAGAAAAUUUAGUUUUAAAACAAUGAUAAUGUAAUAAUUAAAAGAAAACAAAAUAUAUGAAAAGUUUUUGUAUGAUGUAUUUGUUUUGUAUGCAAAAAUUGCCUGCUCUAUAAAAUUAAUUAGAACGAAACAAAUUAAGUUUGUUCUGUUAAGCUCUAUUCAACAUUAAUCUAUAAUCCAGAAAAUAUUAAAAAUACAAAUUACUAGGUAUUUACAUAAAUAAAACUGCCCUUCAAAUGUCCUAAAAGAAAUCAAAUUCGAGCAAUAGAAUCAAAUGUCAAAAAUCCAAAAUAGCCCAUAUUCAUAGCUUUUAGGUUAUUAACAGUGGAAUAAUUAAAAAAAAUCUAAGAAAUUGUAUUUGUAUUCCCAUUUCCGGAUCCUCUAAAACUCUCCAAGUCUAUAUAUGUAAGUAGGUACUACACCUUACAUUUCUCUCAAUUGGUAUAAACUUAAGGCCGUGUGUCAAUUUUCGUUAAAAUGUUCGUUAAGUUAUCUACCAAAAUUAUUUUUUGACAUUUAGUGCUGAAUCAAAUCAGAAGUUAAAAGGUACUUUUUUUAAAUUUUAAUUGUGUGGAAAUUGCCAUAAAAUUAACAUAAAUUCCAAUAAAAUAUUGUUUUCUUAAUUUUUUAUAAAUUGUUUAAAAAAUUAAAGAAUCUUAAUCCCGUCUUUUGAUUUGAUUGUGUAUUGUUAUUUAUAUUCUAUGGAAACAGCCUUAAAUAUUUGCAAAACAAUUUAAAUUAUGGAUCUUUUGUUCAUACAAUCUAAACAAGAACUUAUUUUCACAUCUGUCAAAAAAAAGUGUUAAAGUAAAGACAUAAAAUGGCUGCGUUCAGUCUCAUAUACAUAAGGCAUACGAAUACCUUUUUGUUAGUGUUUUAUGUGUAAAAGAUCAGCUUAUCCAAAAAAAACUUCAAAGCUUUCCAAGAAUGUUUGGUAUACUUAUAUGUGCAGUUGACAGAUUCAACAUAUUUUUUGUUUGCACAUUCUUUUUGUGAGCAGCUGGAAAUUAUUUGUAUAUUUUGAAAGCUGUCUGCAUGGACAGCUAAUCCAAAUCGUUGAAUAAGGUAUCACAAUUGAAAGCUGCCAAAAAUGUAGUUUUCAAUUUUAUAUGUAUGUAUAUUAAUUAAAAAACGUAUUAAUGCAUUCAAAGAUGACAACUUAGCAACGUCAAAUUUUACUAACUUUUAUCCGGUCUGAUUUUAUUCACCACGCUAGUGUCAGAAUUAAAGUAUGGUAGAUACGAAAUUUAAACAAUUUAUUGCAAUUUUUAUAUGGCCUUAAGGAUCAAAAACAGAAUGUUUGCAAACGUGCAAAACAAAUGUCGGUCAUCUACUCGUAAAUCAACAGAUUACUUGGAUGUAUAAAGCGCAAUAAUUAAAAAGCAAUUCACACGAAACAAUUUACUUGUUGAGAUAUUUUCGCUUCUUUGUCAGAAAUAAAAUCUACAAAUCUUAUACAUUUCAAAAAUAAAAAUAUAACAGACAACAUUUAACUGCAAAUCAAAAUAACUUCCUUUGGAUCAAAAAUAAUCUUAAGUUACAUAUUUUUUAAAUGGAAAUUUUGUAUCUAUGUAUCACUCUUAAGUAGUAUUCACAUGAGUGCGACCAACGAACGACGAAUGAAUUACAAGAUGUGAGUUUAUACACGUUUGAAGACAUAUUUCCACACAAAUUCUUAAUAAAAGAUAGCAAUAUAGUUUCUAUUUGAUUUAUGAUGCAUACUUUUACUUUUAAAUAUCAUAUAUUAAUAAAUUUAAGAAAACAAAAUUAAUCGUCGCGGAAAAAAUUGUAGAUGAUACGAACUGUCAAACUUUAUUCGCGUUCCACAUUAUCCACACUCGCAACGAAUAAAAUAAUCACGAGCACUUAACCUAAAAAAAGCAUUCUUGUUUUGGUUUCGGUGGUGAAUGGUGUUUGCCUGUGGCUCCUUGUCAAACUUCAUUCGCGACGAAUUAAAAACUCUCAUGUGAAAGAAAUGUCAAAAUCGACAAAUAUUCGUUCAUUCGUUGGUCGUGCUCAUGUGAAUAGUGCUUUAUGAUUUUACUCGAAUGUUAAUAAACAAAAGUUGGUAACGAACUUAAUAAUAAUUGAGUUCAUAGGAGGUCCACCAUCUAUCCAAAAAAAAAGCAAAUAUCAAACAAAAAAAAUACAACAUUAAUUUAAUCAUUAUUAAAAUAAACUCCAGUGAGACAAACAUAUUAAUUAAAAUGAAGCAUUUUCUAGGAGUAAGUUCUCAGUAAAUAAAGCUGAGCAGUUACUAUACAAAUAAUUGUAGAUUAUUGUUUUAUUCAUAGGUACAAAAAAGAUAGCCUGCUCUGAAAAAAACUAAGUUUUGAAAAUUAGAAAAUUUAGUCCUACGUUAAAUUAUUUUAUUUAUUGACAAAAAAGUAACGAAAUACGAAUUUUUAUUAGACUCUUCUUCCAUUAUACUUAGUCCGGUACUGUUCUAGUGCUACCUUAACCCUUUUUUAAUGUUAUUUAAUAAAAUAAUUGAUAAAAUUAAAACUCGUUACGUUUCUUUUUCAAGUGCAUGUCUUUAAAAGAAAGCAAUCCGUCCAUUUAAUUUGUGGCAGAUUAUAUUUGAAUUUGACCUUUGUGCCACAGUUCUGUUCUCCGGUAUCGCUCUCGAAAUAUCAGUACAUGCUACAUUUUGUUUUUUUACUCCAAGAUUUAGUAAAACCUUUUACAAGUCCGUCGAUCUCAACGAUUUUACAAAAAUAACCUCUACAAGUUCACUCAAAUUCAAUUUCAUAAUUGUUUUCUGAUUUUUAUAUUUUUUUAUUAAGCUGAUAGAUUUUAAAAUUCUAUUAAUAAAUCUUUUGAAUAUGCUUAGAACUAAAAUGCUUAAAUAUAUUUCCAAUAGGUUAUAUGGGUCAAUAUACUGGAAUCCCUUAAAUCAUUCUAUCAAGAUAUAUAUAUUAAAUAUACAAAACUAAUUUCUUAAACAUUUUUAAAUUAAUGUACUUUGAAUUUCUUUUUUUCAAACCCUAUGCAAUCUAAAAGAGUAAAAAAUCAUACCCACCUCAAAUUUAUGUUUUGAAUACAAUUUAGGUACUAGAAAAAAGUUUUUUAUUUUAGUUAUAUAUUUUUUUAGUUAAUUUAAAACAAUAAAUAAACAAUUGUUAAAUUAGAAAUAAAUAUAUAAACAAAUUGAAAACAUGAAAAAAAACUGUAUUGAAAUAAAAUAUAAAAAAAAGCCUUAACCAGAAGAAAAUACAGCACGAGCAUAGUUUAGUUACAAUUAGUUAGGAAGUUUCUUGAAUCACCAGAUAAGCACUAUCGAGUCCGAAUAGAUUAAAAAUAUAUAAACAAAAUCAAAACACCCGAAUUCGCAGAAAAAAUUGAAAUUUUAUAGAGUUGAGAGUUUUCAAAAAUAAAAUAAAGAGAAAAGAAAAAGAAACACGGACGAUUGAAGUUGAUGCAUUUACGCACACAUCCAUUAAUAAUAAAUUAAAUAAUAAUAAUAAAAUAAAAUAAAUUAAUAAAUAAAUGAAAAAAAA